AUGUCGGACGAGAAGACGACGACGGAGACCGAUUACUCGCUCAACAAUCCUGACACUCUCACCAAGUACAAGACUGCUGGUCAGAUCUCGGAGAAGGUGCUCGCUGCUGUCGCUGAGCUCUGCGUUCCCGGCGCCAAGUAUGUCGAGAUCUGCCAGAAGGGUGACAAGUUGAUGGAGGAGGAGAUCGCCAAGGUCUACCGCGGCAAGAAGGUCACUAAGGGUUUCGCGCACCCCACGACCGUUUCCCCCUCGUCGUUCAUCACUCCCUACACCCCCCUAACCUCAGAUGAGGCUGAGGCCUCGGCCGAGAUCAAGGAGGGCGAGGUCAUCAAGAUCCAACUGGGUGCCCAGAUUGACGGCUUCGGCACCAUUGUCUGCGACACGGUCAUUGCCGGCCAGGCCGCUGACGCCACCAUCACUGGCCGCGACGCUGACCUUCUGCUCGCCACACACUACGCCAACGAGCUCCUCCUGCGUCUGAUGGUCCCCCCCGGCCUCCUAGCUCAGGGUUCGGACGAGGAAAAGGCCAAGGCCGCCGCUAAGAAGGCCCCCACGCAGUCCGCCAUCACCCAGCUCCUGGAGAAGGUGUGUGGGAGCUACGAGGUCAAGCUGGUCGAGAGCACCACGUCGUGGCUGUUUGGCCAUAAUGAGAUUGAGGGCUCAAAGAAGAUUGUCCUAGCUCCCUCUGAGGGAGCCAAGGGCGAUGGUGUCCCCGAGACGUCCGAGGUUUGGGGUGUCGAGAUAGGCGUCAGCCUGGGCUCCGGCAAGGUCAAGACGCUUGACAACCGCGCCACCCUCCACCGCCGCACCCUCCAGACCUACGGCCUGAAGAGGCCCACAUCGCGCAAGGUCCUCUCCGAAGUCCAGAAGAAGUUUGGCAACUUCCCGUUCAGCCUAAGGCAGCUCGAGGACGAGCGCGACGCCAAGACUGGUGUCGUCGAGUGUGUUCGCGGAAACGUCUUCCGCCAGUACGAGGUUGUCGGCGACAAGGAGGACGCUCCUGUUGCCAGACUCCUGACCACAAUUGCCAUCACCAAGAACGGCAUCACCAAGCUCAGUGGACCUCCCACUGUGGACCUCAGUAAGAUCCAGUCGGACAAGAAUAUUACGGAUGAGGAGGUGCUCGCUAUCCUUGAGCAGCCCCUGUCGAGGAACACGGGCAAGAAGAACAAGAAGAAGAAGACCACCAAGAAGGAGGGCGAGAGCGCCGAGUGA